AUGGCUCCCACAACCAGCUGCGAUGGACAGCCUACUAGAGCAAUCUUUUUCAAUCCUUUUCAGGGCCUAGCUAUGUGCAGCCGCAACUGGACACACAACGAGCUACAAUAUACAAUAUUCAAGGGCAAGCAUCAUGUGAAUAUAAUUAUCUACUACUGCACACAAGCCAACAACCAGCUACGACACAUAGAGUUCAGAGAUAACUAUCUACGGUCUAGGGCCAGCCUCUCCAAUCAGUAUCUCACUACGCUCAAGUUCCAGAUUCUGACUAUGAAGGUGAUGUGGAGGAGCAAUCUCCUGUUGAAUCUGAGACUCUAUCGUCAAAAGGAAGAUCGCAGCCUUCAGAUAGAGAGGAAGACAUAUUAA